AUGAUGAGUGGCUCGGCAGAUUUUGCUCGUCUGGUAGCAUCGGCUGGUGUCCCGGCUUUUAAUUGUCCUCCUGGGACCAAGAUGCGUAUCCUGGACCUGGGAACCCUGGAGGCAGACGAGUCAUGGAUUCUUCGUGGCGGCAAUACCAGCACGCUAUCUAACAAGAACCCGGAGAAUAAACGUCGUCAACUAGUCGUUCUUUCAGCCUUAAUCGAAUACCCUGGACUUGGUCUUAUUCUAUAUGAAACCGGUUGCGCAGAAGACUUAGAAGUGAUGUGGCCAGCCCCGGUGACGGACAUUUUCCCUCGUAUCGAGUAUUCCGAGGAGAAAAAACUGCCGGCUGCGAUCAAAGCCACCGGGAACGACAUCAAAGAUGUUAAGGCGGUAGUUAUCGGUCAUCUCCACCUAGACCAUGCCGGCGGUCUCGAGCAUUUUGUUGACACCGACGUGCCGAUCUACGUCCACGAGGAGGAAUUCAAACACGCCUGUUGGGCAGUAGCAACUGGAGCAGACUUGGGCGUCUACUUGGGAAACUAUAUGCUCCUCGACAGACUCAAAUGGAACACAUUCACCGAAUCGCAGCUGGAGCUUUUCCAGGGCAUUACUCUCCACCAUUCACCCGGGCAUACACCCGGACUAUGCAUAAUGCAGGUCAAUCUUGAGAAAGAUGGCACUUUCAUUUGGACCACCGAUCAAUUUCAUGUCGCGGAGAACUAUGAUCAAGGCCACCCGCACGGUGGGCUUGCGCGGGAUCAUACUGCAUGGGUUCGCAGCCUGAACAUGAUUCGACGACUGCAGAGGCUUUUCAACGCGAAACUCAUUUUUGGUCAUGAUAGAGAUGUUGCAGCUAAGUAUAUGACUGAAAAAGCAUUCUACGAAUGA